AUGAGAACCUCUAGAUAUGCGACUUCGCGCCAGAAGGCAUGCCAGCAGUGCUCAAAUGCCAAGGCCAAAUGUGACCGUCAAAACUCGGGGUGUACGAGAUGCAGACAACGUGGUCUCCCCUGUGUCUACCGUCAGGCAGGACCCUCCGAAGAAUACACUUUAUCGAGCUCAAGCACUACCAACGAUGAACGAGAAACACACAGCCCAGUGUCCAUGCCCGAUGAUUUUGUGUCGAGCCUCCAUGAGGGCAAUAUGGAUAGUUGGCAUCUAGUGCCACCCACACCUCUGGCCUCACGCAAUGCUUCACAUACAACGGGGGAAACCCCCAUACCCAUGGCACAAUCUUUGUCAGAGAGCAGAACCAUAAGCUCCCUGGGCGAUACGCCUGAAUUUCUUGACUUCUCCGGGCUGAACCUCUGCUGCCCUAUCAAUGUUGACGAAAUACCCACUCGCUGGAUGAACUCUUAUAUCCCAAUCCCAGGAAAGAAAGUCAAAACAUAUCCUCUCGGUGUUCUUGACUUCAUGACCAAAAUACUCAAGGCAUAUGCUGGUGCAGCUACUCGUGGUCGAAGAUUGGCAUUUAUUCACCCCACACAAAUGACCGACCAGCAAGCGAAUUCGCCCUUAUCAACAUGUCUAAGUCUGGUCCGCAUCUGUGAAAAUCCAUUGCCUGGGAGUGAACACGCCGCCAUGACGGUUCUCCAGCGUGAGAUGGGGAAUAUCAUAGAGCAACACACCACAUACAAAAACGAUCUGACGCUGUUAUCCGGGUUUCAAGCCUAUCUGAUCUACUUUCUUGUGCUGUACUUUCGACUCGGUGAAAGCUUGAAUCGUCUUCGUUCAGAUACAGACGAUUUCAUCCGCCAAGCCCUAAUCAACCUGCAGACCAUCGCCCACUCUGCUUCCCGACAAGGACUAAUAUGCGUGGCCGAUCAACACAAAACACGUCCGAGAUGGGAGGAAUGGAUUGUAGCCGAGGCUAAACGGCGAACACUUUACGCGAUGUAUCUCUUUGAUGGGAUACUAGCCUCACGAGAUAACCUCCCGAUUUUCCUAGGUACUGAGCUGCGAGGUCUUCCCAUAGCGGCCAGUAAAUAUCUAUGGGGAGCGACGGAUCGUGGGGACUGGGAGAGACAGUAUAAUUUAUACCUUGCGGAAUGGAGUGAGUUAGGUCCCACAAUUGACGAGUUGUGGCCGAUUCCCGACGAUAUGGACGAAUUGAGUAUUGUGAAGCGGCGGGACAGGGUAGAUCGCUGGCUUGAGGAUGUUGAUGAAUUUGGGACUAUGCUUUAUGCAGUUACGGUUUGUACACAUGGAGGGUAG